CAGUCCAUCGCCCUAAAGAAACGACGGAACAAUUCCAGCUGUAGGGCUCCAAAGAGCUCCAUUACGCAUGUUUAGCGCUUUGUUUUUCCUGCUCACUCUGAGCGCUCGGCCCCAGAAACUGGAGAUGCUGCUGAGGCGCUCCACUCAGCCAACACCAUAGGGCAAGAUUUGAUUUCCACGCACAACAGUUAAGGCAACAGGUGAGUCAUCUCUAUUAAUGUACAUAGGAGAGAAAACAACCAGAGAAGGACAAUCCUCCUGAAAUAUCAAGGCUUCCCCUGAAAUCCAGUGCAAACAUGAGGGACAGACUAAGCCAACUGCAGGAAAUGCCCACCGGCAGUGAUGAGUCGGUGGACUAUCAAGAAUCCACCUUUUCUGACUCCUUCAGUAACGUCGACCUGGAAGACGAGCUGCCUCAUCAGGCGGUUGUGUUUGACAACAGCCCUGCUCUCAAUAAUGUCUUUUCUCAAUCCCAGGAUAUACAUAGAGAGAUACAGCUUAUCCGACUUGAGGUUAAAAGGCUCCGUGAGCAGAACUCUCGCAUGCUCCAGGGAAACACUACCAUGAGCACAAUUAAAAAAGACUCCAAUGCUAUAGGAGCAGACAUAAAGAAGAGGGCUGAGGGUAUUCUAGAUUGCCUGCACAAAAUGGAUGGAACAGCUCACAAGUUAGAGGAAGAGCAUGGUGAAAAUUCUGCAAUCACACGGAUCGCCAGAACCCAGUAUGCUUGCCUCAGCAAUGGCUUUCGAGACGCAAUGUUUGACUAUAACGAGGCCGAGAUGACCCAUCGAGAGAACUGCAAAGCCCAGAUCAUGAGGCAGAUGGAGAUAGUGGGGCGCGAUGUAUCAGGCGAAGAUGUGGAGGAGAUGAUUGAGAAGGGCCAGUGGAACAUCUUUACUGACAAUGUCGUGAGCGAAGGCAAAACGGCCCGAUCGGCUCUCUUCCAGAUUGAGAAGCGCCAUCAAGAGCUCGUAGAUCUGGAGAACCGAAUCAAGGGAAUCCAUGAGAUAUUCCUGGACAUUGCCCUGCUGGUGGAGGAGCAGGGCCCAAUGAUGGACUAUGUCCAAACGAAUGUUCAAAAAACCGAUGCAGGCCUACAAGACGCCAUUGUCAAGCUUAAACUAGCUAAAAAGCACGACAACAAUAACCCGUUUAAGAAAAUGUUUUGCAGUUGCUUCCCAUGCUACAAGUAAUGACCAGAAUCACAUACAAUGCAAUAUCUUUGUUCAAUACAUUCCAAUUAUUAUUGCAAAGCAAUACAUAUCACUGUUGUUGAAGGACAAGAACUUUAAGGAGUUAAAUGUAGUUCUGAAGGUAGAGCAAUUAGCACAGUCAUUUAGACUGACAUAUAAUACAUAUACUCAUGUAAAACUUGUUUCUAAAUUAAAUUAACAAGUAUCUCAAUUCCUGAAAUGGACUGGUGAAUUGCUUAGGAUGCCCAAUUGCUGCCAUGACCCUGAGAGUGAUUGUAUAUAUAUGUUUAUGUAGAAAGUGUCUGUAUGGUUCUCAAUUCAUUAUUUUAUGAAUGGGGUGUGAUGAAAAUUGUUUUAAAUUAUUGUUGAUGUAGUUAUUGCCAUUGAGACCUUACUGGUCCCAAACUUUACUGGGAAAGCUUAGGUAGAAUGAAGUGCCUUUGUAAACCUACUUGUUUACAAGCAAAAUAUGUUUAAAAUAUGUUGACAGAAGUGUAAACAAGACUGCCUCUCAAGUUUGUGCAAUUCAGCUGUCCUUGAUUCAUUUUAGAUGUUUUAUGCAUUGUGAAUUUUAAGUCAUUAUUCAUUAUAAACAACAAGCAACUUUUAAUGUGUAAUUGGUCAGAUUUGACGUUUUAUGGCUGCAACAGAAAAUAAAUGUUUAUGGUGCAA